GUCUGCGGGAAGAAAUUUCCCCAUUGUUCGCUUCGCGCCUGUCAAGCGUUUAAGACCUCUAGCAGACGGUUUAGUGUCUUAUUUUGUUUGUGAGACAUCAACAGCUGGUUACAAGGAUCGGUUAUUACAGAUAUAGCAAUGAGGACAGCUUUCAUUCCUUGGGUGCUGGUCACACUGGUGCACCUCGUGUCAUGUUGUGAGAUGGAAACACAUUAUAAGAAGGAUGAAAAAUGCUGUAAGAUGUGUGGACCAGGUAAGAGGAUGUUGGUGGAUGAUAACUGCGAGGACCCUCGCUGUCAGGACUGCCAAGACGGAGAGUAUCAGAGUGGCUUCACAAUCAAAACCACAUGUGAGCGCCAGCCCAGCUGUGACCCUAAUUUGCAUUUUCUGCCACAAAAUAAACCCAGCAAGACGGAGCUAAGCAAAUGUCAGUGUGAAAUUGGAUACUACUGUACACAAUCUGAUGACUGCGACACGUGUAUAAAACAUACAGUUUGCAAGCCAGGACAGAGAGUUUUCAAAAAAGGUGCAUCAUUUAGUGAUACUGUGUGUAAGCCAUGUGAAAAUGGAACAUUCUCCACCAGUGAUUCUUCUGACACCUGCAUGAAAUGGAGCGAAUGUGAAUCUGGAUAUUAUCAAAAAACUCCUGGCAAUUCGACCUCAGAUCGGACCUGUGUGGCUGGUACAAACAUUUACAUCAUUCUCCUUGGGGUGGGAGUUUUUCUUAUAAUCGUCGCAAUUGUCGUAUUCGUUUUCAUAAAAAAAAGAAAAUCUGGAUGUUAUAAGUUCCCCAAAAAAACCAUAGAGGUCUUAACACAUGGAGAACCUGAAGAUGUGGAGAAAGCAUACCAACCACUAAAUCAACAGCCUCAGGAGGACAUUGACCACAGCGUACCUGUGAGCCCCACGCUAAGUAACUUGACUGACAAUGGAAAUUUCGUGGCACAAGAGGAUGGCAAACCCACUAUUACCCCAACUACUGAAUCAAAUUCAUUUUUGUAGAGCACAGUCUUCUGCAACGCGUUACAACCUUCUAUAUACUGUAUAUACAGCAUUACACUAUAAAGCACUGCUUUACUCUUAA